GAGGAUUGGUCCGGACCCUUCGAAUACAAUUAUCUCCUGAAAAACCGCACGAUUGAAAUGGAAUCACUUUUUUUGUCAUCACGCAGGACUCUUCAGUUUACAGAAUUGAGUCUCUACAGGUGGUUGGUUGUCUGCAACCCUGUGCAGAAAGAAAUAGGCUUACAGACUGAAGGGGUUUUAAAUUCUGUUUUAUUUUAAAUGCGCAAACAAUCCCUCAGGUUUUAUCGUUGAGUUUUCUCUCGCUUGAUUUAUGUAGCCUAAUGACCGCUUCACACACCGACUCGUAAUUUAUUCCCCGUUGUUUGAAUCGGGUGUGUCUUCUAAUUAGUUGAUUUGGAACACUUUGUGCAUUCGGUUUCCACUUGUCAUUCUAGAACGGAAAACCACCCGGCCAAAAGCCGACAGGUAAGGUGAAAACGGCUGUGACUUUUUACUUCGUUUUUAUUUUUUUAAAUUUUUAACUUGAUUUAUUUUGAACUGAGACACUUUACAAGUUCCAGACAACUAUGUAUAACAUGAUGGAACACGAGUUGAAGCCCUCUGGGCAACAGCAGUCGCACCAAACCGCCAUGUCUCCGGUCACCGGCAACUCUCACCCGGGGUCCAAAUCCCUGUGUCCCCCGGGCGGGGACCCCAUGGACAAGGUCAAAAGACCCAUGAACGCAUUCAUGGUCUGGUCUAGGGGCCAGCGCCGCAAGAUGGCCCAGGAGAACCCCAAGAUGCACAACUCUGAGAUCAGCAAGCGGCUGGGCGCGGAGUGGAAGCUACUGACUGAUGCUGAGAAGCGGCCAUUCAUUGACGAAGCAAAGCGCCUCAGGGCGGUGCACAUGAAGGAUUACCCCGAUUACAAGUACAAACCACGCCGUAAAUCCAAGCCCCUGCUCAAGAAGGACAACCAGAUGGGAAAGUACCCUCUCUCUGCCGGGAACCUGCUGGCCGCCGCGCAGGGCCAAGGUGGGAGCCCAAGGAUGGAGAGUUACGGGUGGGGCCCGGCGGGAGGUUACGCCGGGAUGCAGAGCGAGGCCCUGGGCUACACUCAGCAGCUGCACCGCUACGACCUGUCCGCGCUCCAGUACCCCCAGGCCAUGACCGCAGCACAGACGUAUAUGAACGGCGCCAACACUUACAGCCCCAUGUCUUACAGCAGCAGCCACCAGCAGCCCAACCCAGUCAUGUCCAUGGUGAAGCCAGAGCCAGUGUCGCACUCCCCGACUGGUGGACCUAACCACCACCGCGGGCCUCUCCAGGGGGACCUGCGGGAUAUGAUCAGUAUGUAUAUCCCUGGAGGGGACACCACUGACCCGGUCUCCCAGAGAGGCGGCUACAGCGUCCAGCAACACUAUCUCAGUGGGACUGUGCCUCUCACUCAUAUCUAGGGAUUGGUGGGGAUAGUGACUGGGACUCAAUGUGAGUGUGCUGGCUUGGAGAGGCUCAAGGACACCACGCUGGGCACAACAUUGUCAGACCCACUCAUUAUGGUCCCGUGUUGCGUUUAUAAAAAAAGUGACUUUAUAUAAAAAGGUUAUUUUUCUACCUCUGCAUUUUGACUACAAUAAUGAGCCCCCCCCUCGUCCAUCCCGUCCUCUGUCCCAAGACUAGGUUGUUUCGUUCAGUUGCCAAUCCACUUCUUGGACGGAGACCCUGCUCAAUUAACUUCACAUUAUGAUGGACUGCUGUACUGUACAUAGACAUUAUGAUUAAAUGUUUGUGUACAUAUUUUUUUCCCCUCUUUGACAAACUGAGCUUGACAUCAAAAGCUUCCAUUCAAAAACGCCCAGGCCCCUAUGUAUGUCACAAAGCACGUGACUGUAGUAUGUUCACAAUUGUUCCAUUGUGUUCGGUCUCCUGUAUUGUCCUACUGGCACAGUAGAGUCCGCCCCUCGAGUUGAUCGGUAAUCAUCAUGAACUAAACCAACCGGGAGGGAGCCACGGGCGGUGUCCCAAAUGGCACCCUAUUCCCCAUAUGGGGAAUGGUCAAAAGUAGUGCACUAUAAAGGGAAUAAGGUGCCAUUUGACAUGCAGAAACAGGGGGGGCCCCACCACGGGAACGCAACACACUGGGAACCGGGUCAGUCAAUCACUAUUCUCCUAAGGCCAGUGACAUACAAAUCACAUGACCCACCACAAGGAUUCUGAGGAUUGUGAUUCCUUAACUGGUUUUGUUUGUGUGGCCCAAUGGGGCCUCUCGGAACAUCUCAAAUCAACUAACUGCUUGCUAGUGCAGUGAAAUGGGGAGACAAGGGAGAAAUGCACAGAGUAUAACUUGAAUGAAGUGACUUAUUUUUUUAAAUAUACAAGUAUGGCCACUUGGUGCCUUAUACUGCUUUGUGAGUAAACACGCUUGUUUUUAAAGCCAAUCCAAUUUCCUAGGAUGACAUGGUAUAGUCUGGACAAUCGUAUGAGUUCAUUGGAUCCAAUGGAAACAAGUAUAUGAGAUGAACUGGUGUGUUUAGUAGUACUGUAUGUCCAAACCCCAUGCCAAUACAUUUUGGUUUGUCUUCAACUUUUAUUUUUUAAGUUGAAGGAAAAAUCCACUAAUUCUUUUGCUAUUUUCUUUCUUCUUUUCAUUGGUCCAAUGUUGAUACAGUCCCCAAAUGUUUUGCAUGUCAGCAGUCAAGUUUUCAAGAAGAAAAGGGUCACUUGCCACGAUGUUUUGUAUCAUGUGGCAAGUGACACUUUGCCUCUAGAAAAUCAUAUCUUGACUGCUGACAUGCAAAACAUUUGGGGACUGUAUCAACAUUGGACUAAUAAACAUGACUCUAAUAGUUUGCGCUGUCCUUUAACAUAACCCCCUGCUGCUGCAAUGAGUUUUACAUUUGACAAUGUAAUUGUUUGCAUUAGUCAUCCAUUUUUAAAAAAAACUUGUUUUGUAAAUGCUAUUAGUUGUCCCAAGUUCAUAAUGUUUAUUGUUCAGACACCCCUGUUGUAUUCUGCAGGUUUUAACUGUGUUCAUAGAAUACAAUUAACUGAAAGACAUUUUAUACAAAUGCUGCAUUCUAUUGAAUUUUAUCUUUACAAAAUACAUUUGAAUGAUUUUUCUCUAGCUCGGCAACUGUUUGUCUGGAUUUCUACUUAUCCAACCAAGCACAGUUACUACAUUCUGCCCGGGCAACUAAUGGUAGAGAAUAAAAUCUAUUAAUUUUACAAUAAGUGUCUCCAUGUUCUCCAGCUUCUCGGUUUCAUAUUUCAGUUGCCUGCUGCUUAAGGUCUUCAGAUAACACAUUCCACUUUCCUUUUUAUAAUUCUACAAAAUGACUGACAAAGGAGUUGGCAUAAAGUUUUGUCUCAAGUUUCCUGUUGUAACAAGACUUGAGGGUUAAAUGUAAUUUGUCUUUGUUUCAUCUGACAACACCCUCUUAACUAAUUUAUGAAUAGUAAACCAGUGCUGCUAAAAGUUUAGAAUCAAUUUUAGAAUUAUUUGCAGUCUUAAACUGCAAGUGGGUACAUUUUUAGGCUGUGGAAGUGGUAGAACCACAUCAAACUACAACCAUUCUGGAACUGUCAUGUUCUAACAAUCCCUUUUUAGUAUUGUAAAGUCCACUAAAGAACUUGCAUUAAAAAAAGGGAAUAAAUCAAAUUUAUUUUUGGUUGGGUUUAAAUACUAUAAUUUAUAUGAAAGGAAUAAUGUUUUAUUGCAAUCCAAGUGUGUAAACGUAACUUUUUUUAAACAUUUAUUUAGUUGUCUAAUCCUUGUUUGAGAGUCUUGCAACAUUUGAUGUGCAUUGUGUAUAAAUAAACAAUUUAAGGCCCCUAUACUAAGGGUAUUUUUAACUCAUUUUCAUAUGUGGCAUGGAUGACAAGUAUUAAAACGUUUUUAAAUCC